AUGAUAACGACAGGAUUUUUAUUUGGAAGUGGAGAUAUGUUAGCUCAAACUUUAUUCAAAUCACCUAUUAGUAAUGUUGAUGGUAGUUCUGAAUCAUUUGAUUAUUCUCGUUUCUUAAGAGCCGUGGUUUAUGGAUCAAUCAUAUUUGCUCCAAUUGGAGAUAAAUGGUAUAAAUUAUUAAAUAAGAUAAAAUUCCCAACAAAGGCAUUGACAAAGGGGAAAGAAGGACUCAAUAAAGAAUUACCUCAAUUCAAAGAACAUGUGCUUCCAAUUAAACAAAAACCAAGUGUGAAGGAUACCCUAUUACGAGUUUCAUUUGAUCAAUUGAUAUUUGCUCCAUUUAUAGGAAUACCAUUAUAUUAUUCGAUGAUGACAAUAUUUGAAAAUUUAGAAUCAACUUUUACAAAUACUAGUAUUACGACAGAUGAUUCAAUUUUGAAUGUUAUUAUUCAUAAAAUGAAUGAGAAUUGGUGGAAUACAUUACGAUCGAAUUGGUUAAUUUGGCCUAUAUUCCAAUUAUUUAAUUUUUAUCUUAUUCCAGUUCAAUAUCGAUUAUUAGUGGUUAAUAGUUUAAGUAUUGGAUGGAAUUGUUAUUUAAGUUAUGUAUUAAAUCGUAAAGAUUUAUUAAUGAUACAAGGAGGAGGUGGAGAGGGAGGACCUGGAGGACUGAUAAUAGAAGCGCUGGUUAAUGAUGAUGGAAUGGUUUAUUGA